UGAGGGGAGUCCGGUCUCCCGCGCCCCGCCAGCGCCGGCGGAGGUAGCAGCUGCUGAGCCUGCUCCUUCUGAGCCUUGGCCACUAGUAAAGUUCAUUAAAAAAAAAAAAUCACAAUCAUUUUUUACUAGAGCGAAAGCGGGCGCUAGCCAGCUGUGUGGCCCCUCCGGGGGACCUGGCGCGUUGGGAGGUGGCGGCGGUUGCGCCGCGACCAGGAGGAGCCGGUCGCGCCGGGCUGCGGGUCUGUGGCUGGGGGGACGAUCUGAGAGAGAAGACCUGAUUACCUAUAAUUAGAGUUGGUACAAAAACCAUUUCAACUCCAAAAAUGUUGGAGGAAGAUCUGGAAGUGGCCAUCAAGAUGGUGGUUGUAGGGAAUGGAGCGGUUGGGAAAUCAAGUAUGAUUCAGCGAUAUUGCAAAGGCAUUUUUACGAAAGACUACAAGAAAACCAUUGGAGUUGAUUUUUUGGAGCGACAAAUCCAAGUUAAUGAUGAAGAUGUCAGAUUAAUGUUGUGGGAUACUGCCGGUCAAGAGGAAUUUGACGCAAUAACAAAGGCCUAUUAUCGAGGAGCCCAGGCUUGUGUGCUUGUAUUUUCUACUACAGACAGGGAAUCUUUUGAAGCAAUUUCCAGUUGGAGAGAGAAAGUGGUAGCUGAAGUUGGGGAUAUACCAACUGUACUUGUACAAAACAAGAUUGAUCUCUUGGAUGAUUCUUGUAUAAAGAAUGAGGAAGCUGAGGCACUGGCAAAAAGGUUAAAGUUAAGAUUCUACAGAACAUCAGUGAAGGAAGAUCUAAAUGUGAAUGAAGUUUUUAAAUAUUUGGCUGAAAAAUAUCUUCAAAAACUCAAACAACAAAUAACUGAGGAUCCAGAAGUAAUGCAUUCAAGUAGUAACAAAAUUGGCAGAGAUAGAGAAAGAAGGGGAGAGAGAGAUAUCUUCCGUCUGCUGGUUCACUCCCCAAAUGGCUACAAUGGAUGGGGCUGGGCCAGGCUGAAGCCAGAGCCAGAAGCUUCCUCCGGGUCUCCCAUGUGGGUACAGGGGCCUAGGCAGUACUUGGGCCAUCUCCCACUGCUUUCCCAGGUGCAUUAGCAGCAAGCUGGAUCAGAAGUGGAACAGCCAGGACUCAAACUGGCGCCCAUGUGGGAUGCCAGCACUACAGACAGCAGCUUUGCCCGCUACGCCACAGCACUGGCCCUGUCUUGUGGGCUCUAAAGUGUUCUAGAUUCUUAGGUACUUUUUGAAUAUUAUUACUAUUAUAAAUAAUUGCAUUUUCUACUCAAUUAUUGCUGAUUUAAUAAAUGCUGUAUUUCUAAGUUCCUUUUAAAACUGGCAACCUCAAUUUACACAUUAAUUUUAAUGGCCAGUCUCUUGUUUUUAAUGGUUCUUCUAAGUUGAUGAUCACAUUAUCCGCCAAAAAUAAUUUUUAUGUCCUCCUUUAUAAUCAUAUUCUUAUUUUCUUCUUUAGUCUUGACUAAGGUCCUCUCUAGAACUGUAUUUAAAAGUGACAGCGAUGGGGUCAUCUUUGUUUUUCCCAACUUUAAUGAGAAAGCCCCUGUAGAUUUUUGGUAGAAAGUUCUGAUCAAACUAUAGGAGCGUCACCUUCCCUACCACUCCCACUGCACACACAUGCACCCACCACACAUAUACAAGAACACAUCUAGUCACUGCAGAACUAGGUUGUAGAAUCAGGAGGGCAAAAGAAUUUAAAAAAAUUCUUGCACAUCUCAAAGUGUUAUAUUGCGAGAUCACUGUCUUCUUACAGAUUACAGUAACUAUGUCACCAACUUUCACAAAAUGAAACAGACUUAUCCCCAGUAUUUAAAUGGUCACAGAAACACAAGAUCAUGGGAGCAUCAUCAGUGGACUGGGUGACCUGGAGAGACCUAACGGGAAGAUGAGGGGCUGACGCUGUGGAGUACUGGGUCAAGCCAUUGCUUAUGAACCGGCACCCUGUAUCAGAGCACUGUUCUAGUCUCGAGAGCUCUGCUGCAGAGGGAGCUCCCAGCUAACUCGCCUGAGAAAACAGCAGAACAUGGCCCAAUUAUUGGGCCCCUGCCACCAACAAGGGAGAACAGCAUGGAGUGCCUGGCUCCUGGCUUCAGACUCGCCCAGUUCUGGCCAUUGCAGCCAUCUGGAUAGUGAACCGGUGCUCUCUGUCUCAGUCUCUCUGUCUUUUAAAUAAAUAAAUGAAUCUUUAAAGAAAAAUGGGAAGGCAAUUUGGUAACUUUCUGAAAGAGCCAGGACAUGCCCAACACCUGUCUGUGAUAUCAACUGCUGGCUUCUGGACUCCAGGACAACACCCAAGCCCCUUUUGCUUGCACUCAGGCUUUUUGGUCACUGAGACUCAUAUCCUUAGCUUCUCUUGUACUCAGGCCCUUGGACUUGAUAUCAACAUCCUAGGUUCUCCUUGAAGAUGUCCUGUCACGGGACUUCUCAGCUGCCACAACUGUUUGAGCCAAACCCCUAAUAAAUUUUCCUUCCUUCAUAUACUUAAAAAAGAAAUACUAGAUCAUGGAAGGUCUAAUGCAGAAUACUGCCUUAAGUGGGCACAACAGGAACAACCUCAUGUCAGUUCCAGAAAAGGAUCUCCCCUUCUCACCCCAAUCACACAUAGGCCUUUUCCCCAUUCGUCACCCACCUGUUAUACCCCAAAAUAGCACUGAUAGAGUAUGAAAUCACAGAGUAACUUUAUUCUUCAAGAUACUAAAUAUAUGUCAAACUUUGUGUUUAUAAAAGCCAGGAAAAGCAAAGAGUUGGUAAGGGUCUUAUGUUAUAAAUUUGGCUGGAAAACACAAUAAAAUAUGAGUACAAUAUUCUACAAAUCUGAUCCUCUUCCAGCACCAUUCACUAUUUACUUAAACAUUUUACAUUAGCAAACCCUCAUAGGUAAUCUAGGGCCCAGUACAGGAAAGAGACUUGAGUUGGCACUAAUAUGAAAUAUUUAGGCUAAAAAUGUAAAACAUGACUCCAAUGUUAAAUACAGAAGAAACAUGUGACUGGUAAAUGAGAAGAUGCUGAAAGAAAAGAUUAAUUUUUAACACUCUUGAGCAUGCAUUCAAAUAAAUGUAAGAUGAUAAAGAGAACUGAAUUCUGUUCUAAAAGGCUUCAAUUUCAGUACAUUACAAUCAUAAAUUCAUGGAGUUAUCAACAAAAUUGGUUAAAAAGAGACAUUGAGAAAAGCAUAUAACCUAUCAUAUAAGGAAGACAGUUUGUCAUUAAUUGAGACCAACUGAAAUCAGAACUUUUAAAAAAGUUCUGUGGGAUUUUCCAGGGUUGCCAGGCGUUGUCCUUGUGAAAGAACUGAUCUUUUCUGCAUUUUUAAUGCACAGAUCUCCCUCUUCAUAGCAAAGGUAAAACAUCAUUCUUCAGAAUGUGAAGAUCCUAAGGGCUUUUUUGGCACCGUGGGCCUUUCACAUGCUAUCCUCUCUUCCUGCAACCUUCUUCCUCCCGGACCGUCUACUGCGUGAUGUUCUCCAAAACCCAAUCCUUCAGGCAGGAACUACUGUUUCCUUACCAGCGUCCCCUCCUCUUCCUUGAGGUCAUGACUGCUUCCCAUGGCACUGUUCAUUCAUUUAAUGCAGGGACUGCAUCAUAAUUUUAAAUUUUUUUCUUUUACCAAACUGAACCUGGAUCUUUAUUCAAAUACUAUUUGUAUUUUUUAUCAGCUAUUGCUAUUCUUAAAAUUAACUCACAUAAAUUUUGUCUGUAACUUUCUCAUAAAAAACUUUCCCAUCAAAAACUGUUAACCACUGUAUUUUUUAAUAUUGCCUGUCUCUCUAUUAUUCAUCUUUAGAACUCUGGUUAGGCCAGUGAGGGGCCGUCUCACUUUAUGUUUCACGUUUCUGAAUAGCUCUCUGACAACACUGCUCCUGGCAGAGAAAGGGCAGUUCUGUAUUUGCUAAUAGAUCCUAGAAGCAGCUACAUGUCCAAAUUGGGAAAGAACUUUCCCUCACAUCAAGGCUGGCCUGCCUGGUGCUCCUGGAAAACCGUCUCCAGGAAAUCACACUAAGCAGGCUUUGACAACACAAGCUGAGGACAAAAGGACAGCACAGGCAUCCUCAGCUGGUCCAGCUGCCCCAGAAUAAAGAAGCAAAAAAACACCCUGUUGGGAGACUUAGAAGAGAUACAACGACAAUUUCAUCUAGACUGGCUACUAUUGAUAUGUCUGCUAAUAGAGUAGGCAGUGCCAACUGCAUGGGCACUGCCACUUGCUAGCCGUGUGACCUUGAACACUUCCUCUCUUCCUCAAUUCCUCACCUAUGAAAUAAGGCUAAGAAGGAGCUGACGGUCAUGACUGAGGUGAAGCAGGUUAACACAGUGCCCGACAGAGCUGCAGCAGUAUUGUUCGUGUGAGCGACUAUGUGUAAUGUGCCCAGAAGGUAUUCUAUACUUACCAUUAUCAACAUAAACUUCUAUCUGUUAGUAACAAGAACUUGUGUUUUCACAAAAGGAAGGAAAAUGGCAAAUGCCCAUAUGAGAGAAAUGACUUCUGAAACAAGUUCUUCAAGUCACAGCACAGUCCUGUUCUGCUUCAAUAUUCCUGUUACUGUUAUGGGAAAACGGUGGUGGAGAACAUACCUGGGUUC